UUUGUUACAAAGUAAUUUGGUAACAAACCAAUUUACGAUUGCCUACUAAAUUUUGGGCAAAUUUUAGCGCGCGCUAAGUUCAACAUGCACGUUGAUAGCCGGACAGCGAUGGAGAAAAUGAGUGUGAAACUAGUUAGAAGACCUAGCGGUUUUGAUUUUAGUGUGAAAGGUGGUGCAGAGCAUGGAGUUCCCAUUAUCGUAUCGGCUGUUGAAAAAGGUGGUGCUGCUGACGGUUACUUGGAGGAGAACGAUGAAAUCCAGGCAGUCAACAACCAGUCUCUAAACGGAUUUACACACCAACAAGCCGUGCAGGUGCUUCGAACAGCAGGAAGUGAAGUGUGUCUGUUGAUCAUACGUCACAAGGAAGUCACAUCUUCAUUGAAAAAUGAGACAGAACGUACCGAGAUGAUGGAAAAGUUUGCGACAAUGAGGGAAAAGAUACGAAGUCAGACGAGCAGGACAGUUUCGAGCGACAACAUGAAGCAUGCGCCUCCUGCACGACCGUUUCCUAAGGAAUUGCAGUCACGGCUUGUUGCACACCAACAAAGGAAUCAUGUGGAAGCUAAACAGCAGGAGCCCAUUCCUCAAAUCUUGCAUCAGAACUUCUCAAGUAAAAAAGACAAGGCAAUUCCGGUGCUUCCUCAAGGUUGGUCUCUCAAAGAAGACGAAAAGACAAAGAGACAAUAUUACGAGAAUCACUUUACUCAAAUAUCAACCUGGACUGACCCGAUUUCGCUUCCUAAGAUGCCAUCGUUACAAGAGUGUGACUGGAGAGGACUUUUGCCUCGAUGGGAGGAAUGCAGGGAUGAGUUUGGGUGCAUCUAUUAUGUUAACCAUGAUAACAAGACUACACAUUGGAACUCUCCUCGUGAUACACGACAGCUGGAGUUGGUGCGCGGUUUAGUGACUGAUAUCAAUGACCAAAGAAAGAAACUUCGGUUGAAAGAAGUCGAACUUGGAAGGAAAAGAAGUGCUCUACUUGAGAAGAACAGCGAGCUCAAAACAUGGAGUCAAAAACGAACACACGCCAUGGAAUCAAUGAGUGGCAAUGAGGUUGUCAGUGAACAGAUUGGUAACAUAGAACAAGAGAUGGCCACCGUAGUUGAAGGAAUAAUGAAGAUGAACGAGGUGAUAGAAACAUUGGAUUCUGAACUAACAACAUUAAGAAAUCAUUUAAGAAAUGUAGAAAAGGCAGCCUCAGUGUCGUUCCACGAGGUGAGCGAACUGGAAAACGGUCAGGCUGAGACGGCAAUGAUACUAGCCGAACAGCUGGUGCAAUCGUAUCAACAAUCAGAGGCCGCUCAACGACAACAACUCGUUCUCAUUCAUAAACUAGAAUCAUUACGAAAGGUGGGUGCGGUCAUACAGAGUGGGACUGCGGCGUUUACACCCGAACUGUCGCUGAACUACUUACUGCAGUUGCCGGGAAGGAAGUCGUCGGACGAGACGAAUGUUGAUGGUCUCCAUCUGUUGCCCGACGAACGAACCGUGAAAACGAACAUUGAGAUGAGAGUCGAUCGACUGUUGCUAGAUAAAUGUAGUUGUAGAUAUCAAUCGGUUUGUCAGAGAUUGGAGACGAUGUUUGAUCGUGUUGAGUCGGAUGUGACUGCAUGGGACGAUGUCAUAGACGAACUUUCCGAGUUGGAAAUUCUUGAUGUGCAUCAGACGUGGAUUCAGCUGACAUUCAAGGACAAGGUCGGCAAGCUGUUGUCCGGUGAGUAUUGACCAAUCGUGUAUUGUAUACAUACGAUCACAUGUGACAUCAGAUUGUACGAUUCGUAUAUGCAUGAUGUCAGAUGGAACGAGAGAUGUUGUUCUAUUGUAUUGCAUUAGUUCUUGUGUUCUAAAUCAUAAAUAUUAAUAGAACAAUUUUUGCUUUUCUUAAUAUGUCGGAUUCCAUUGUUGAACAUGGUAACCAA